AGGACCAUAAAAAGGGAAAUUGCAUGUGCCUGUUCUGUGUUUUUAUUUCAUGUUUUCCACAAGGUUCAUGAAUGCAAAAUGAAGCUAUUUCUCCUAAGCUGCUUGCUGGUUUCCUGCUGUUGCCAAGUUGGGGCAGUGAACAGGGAGUACUAUAUUGGCAUUACAGAGACUGUCUGGAACUAUGCACCUGGUGAUGCCAAUGCCAUCUCUGGGCAGCUUUUUGCCGAAGAAGAGCAGGCUGAAGUCUUUCUCAAAAGAGGUCCACACAGGAUAGGAAGAACUUACAAGAAGGCUAUCUACGUUCAGUAUACCAAUCAUUUAUAUGAUGUGAUACUUGACAAACCUUCCUGGCUGGGUUUUUUAGGUCCUAUAAUUAAGGGAGAAGUUGGAGAUUCCAUUACUAUUCACUUGAAAAACUUUGCUUCAAGAAACUACACGCUGCAUCCACAUGGUGUAAGAUACACAAAAGAAAAUGAAGGUGCUCUUUACCCUGACACCACCAAAGAUUUUCAAAAGCGAGAUGAUGCUGUGGAGCCUGGAGGCCAGUACACUUACACAUGGGAUGUGACAGAAGAUCAAGGUCCAGCUAAAGGAGAUGCAAACUGCAUAACCAGGGCUUACCACUCCCACAUAGAUGCUCCAAGAGAUGUUGCCUCAGGGCUUGUUGGGCCUUUAAUAAUUUGCAGGAAAGAUACAAUGAAUAGGGACAGUGAUCAACACUUUGAUGCUGAAUUUAUCCUUAUGUUUUCUGUGGUGGAUGAAAAUCUCAGUUGGUAUCUAGAGGACAAUAUCAGAACAUACUGUUUUGAGCCUUCCAAAGUGGACAAAGAUGAUGAAGACUUCCAGGAAAGCAAUAAAAUGCACUCAAUCAAUGGGUACAUGUAUGGGUACCUCCCAAACCUCACAAUGUGUGUGGAAGAUAAGAUAAAAUGGCAUCUUUUUGGCAUGGGUAAUGAAGCUGAUAUCCAUUCAGCCUACUUUCAUGGACAAACCUUAAUAGAAAGGCAUCAUCGAGUUGACACCAUCAGCCUCUUCCCAGCCACAUUCAUUGAUGCUGUCAUGGUACCAAGGAGCCCUGGAGAAUGGCUGCUCAGCUGCCAAGUGAAUGACCAUAUUGAAGGUGGUAUGCAGGCUCUUUUUAAAGUAGAAGAUUGUAAGAAAUCCACACCAGAUCGCAAUGAGAGUACAAAGAUAAGACAGUACUUCAUUGCUGCUCAAGAGAUCAUCUGGAAUUAUGGCCCAUCUGCAGUGAACCAUUUUACAGGACAAGAAUUAAUCCUUGACAGUGAAUCUCAGAUCUUUUUUGAACAAAGUGGGACAAGAAUUGGCGGCUCCUAUAAAAAAGCAAUUUACAAAGAAUACACAGAUGGUUCUUUCACUGAACAUAGAAAAAGGCUUGCAGAGGAAGCACAUCUUGGACUCCUAGGACCUGUGAUCAAGGCUGAAGUGGGUGAGCGCAUCAGGGUGACCUUCCGGAACAAUGCCAGCCGCCCGUUCAGCAUCCAGCCCCACGGUGUGAGUUACCACAGGAGCGAGGCAGGGGCACGGUAUGGCACUGCCCCCAGAGGUACCGAAUCUCCAGCCUCUCAUGUGAGUCCCGGCACUACAUUUACAUAUGAAUGGGAUGUGCCAGAAGAUGUGGGUCCCACAGACCAAGACCCAGACUGUUUAACCUGGCUUUAUUACUCAGCUGUGGAUGCAGUCAGAGACACCAAUUCUGGCCUUGUGGGUCCUCUCCUGGUGUGCAGGAAAGGAGCUCUGCUUUCUUCUGGGAAACAGAAAAAUGUGAACAUGGAGUUUUUUCUACUUGCCACAGUAUUUGAUGAGAAUCUGAGCUGGUAUUUGGAUGAUAAUAUUUUGAUGUUUACACUAAGUCCUGACAAAAUUGACAAAGACGAUGAAGACUUCCAAGAGUCUAACAAAAUGCACUCCAUUAAUGGUUAUAUGUAUGGAAAUCAGCCUGGUCUUGAGAUGUGUAAAGGAAGUGUUGUUUCCUGGCAUUUGAUGGGCUUGGGUUCAGAAGUUGAUGUCCAUGGGAUAUACUUCUCAGAAAACACAUUUGUAACUAAAGGAACAAGAAGGGAUACAGCAAAUCUGUUUCCACAUACAGUUCUCACAGCUAUUAUGAACCCUGACUCCGAAGGAAUUUUUGAAGUGUCCUGCCUGACAACAGACCACUACACUGGGGGAAUGAAACAGAACUACAAAGUGAAAAAAUGCCAUUGGUGGAAUUCAGAUUUAUCUAUGUAUUUGCAUGAAAAGAUUUACUACAUUGCUGCAGUGGAAGUUGAAUGGGACUAUUCUCCUAACAGGACAUGGGAAUUUGAGCGGCACCAAUACCAUGAGGAAAGCCCUGGCAAUCCGUUUUUAAAUAAAAAUGACAAAUUCAUUGGCUCAAAGUACAAAAAGGUAGUAUAUCGUGAGUACACCGAUCAGACAUUCAGUAUUCCCAAAAACAGAGCAAAGGAGCAGCAGCACCUGGAAAUUCAAGGGCCACUGCUUGUGUCAAAUACUGGAGAUAAAAUUAUAAUAGUUUUUAAGAACUUAGCAUCAAGACCUUAUUCUAUCCAUGCCCACGGAGUGAAAACAGACAGUUCUGUUGUUGCUGUAACUAACCCAGGUGAAACAAAAAUGUAUGUCUGGAAAAUCCCAGAGAGAUCUAGUCCUGAGAAAGGAGAUUCACAUUGUAUUGCAUGGGCAUACCAUUCAACAGUGGACAUUGUUAAGGACACUUACAGCGGAUUAAUAGGCACACUCGUUGUGUGUCGUAGACAUUACCUGCCAUCAUUUCAUACUAAAAAGAAAGUUCAAUUUGCUCUUCUUUUUAUGGUUUUUGAUGAAAAUGAGUCAUGGUACUUGGAUGAAAACAUUAAAACCUAUUCUACCAACCCACACCUUGUCGACAAAGAGGAUGAGGAAUUCCUUGAAAGUAAUAAAAUGCAUGCCAUUAAUGGAAAGGUGUUUGGAAAUUUGCAUGGCCUGACUAUGCAUGUUGGAGAUAAUGUCACCUGGUAUCUGAUGGGAAUGGGCAAUGAGAUAGACAUUCACACAGCACACUUCCAUGGCCACAGCUUUGACUAUAAGCAAACAAGGGUUUACCGGGCAGAUGUCUUCGAUCUGUUCCCUGGGACAUUUCAAACUGUGGAAAUGACCCCACAGAACCCUGGAACCUGGCUGUUACAUUGUCAUGUUACUGACCACAUCCAUGCAGGCAUGGAAACGACCUACACUGUGCUCCCAAAGGAAGGUGGAGAGGUGUAGAAAUGCUACUAUACAAUCCUCCCAUGCAGCUGAAGAGCACUGGCAGAGUUGGUUACAUCCCAGUAAACAACAUUUAAUUGAUCAAGAAUUAAGAGCUUCAAAACUUGCUUGUUUGGUAAGUCUUCACCCAAGACAAGACUACCCUACCUCCAGGGUAAACUGUACAGUCCUCCAUUCUACUGUACAGCCCUCCAUUCUACUGUUACUGCAGACAUUCGGUGGAGUCUACACAGCAUAUCAGGAGGAAGGGGAGUAACCAAAAGUUUCUUUCACCGUAAAAUGCAACUACAAGUCAAACUAUUGAUUUGGACUUUUCAAAGCUUGAAUAGCUCAUGCCCUCAGCAUAAUUUACCUCCUUAUAGGAGUCCAUUUCAUGUUCAUACAUUGUCAGGUCUCCCAUUUUCAGAGCCAAGAAAGCCUUAGUAAGUGUCAGGACCACUGAUGGCAUCAUCUUUUCUACUUUCUGAAGAUACUUCACAGCUGUCAAAGGACAUACGUUUCUCAUGCAGGGACUGCAAAGGAUAUGAGGCAGCUGCACAGGGUCCGUGAGAUAGAAUAUCUGGAGAACUUUAUUUCCUGAUUCCUAUUGAAAUAAAAGCCAUUUGACAGUUUAGACCUUUUCAGAUAUACAGUCUUCUAUGGCAUAUGAAAGUAGUGCCAUUCUGCUGCUGUUUUUGUUUUUUGUGGUUGGUUUGUUUGUUUUUUUUCAAAACAGGCAAGUUCAGCAUAGCUAUCAAACCACAGUGCCUUUCUUGCCUCUCUCCUCCCCACUGGUAGAAGAGAAGGAUUUCUAACUGGUAGUGAUUCAACCCAUUUUCUGGUGUGCCAGGAGAACAUCCACCACCAAAAUGAAUUGUUUUUAGCAAUCUGUGUAAUUUAGCAAUGUUCAAAGAAACAGUUGGUUUUGCUACAGAAAUGAGAGAUGACAGAAAUUUGAGGCAGGGCUUUCCUAAAACAGAAGUGUCUCUGUGCAAGUGGGAACCAGAUCCCUAGCAACAUGCAUCAUGAUAGCCAAAUCUGUAAGAAGUUGCUUGAAAGCAGCCCAAAGCAUCACAGGUGCUGCUUGCUAUGCAACAAAAUUGGGAAAAGAAAAAUAAUGUGAAAAAGAGUAACUGUGAAACUAAAAAAGCAGCUCAGCGUUUUCAAAGGGAAAUUGAUUUAUAUUUGAUACACAGUUCUUAAAAUCAGAACUAAAUCAGCAGAUUACAAAUAAUCCAACUUAUUUCUACCUUACUUAAUUCUUCAUUUGAGUCUUCAUUAAGAGAAUGAGUUAAGUAAAAUAUAAAUCCUCUCUCGUAUGUCUGCAUUUCAUCACCUUCUGAAACUAGUCUCUUUAAAACUUCAGUCAUGGAUAAACCUGACAUUCUGUAGUAUGGCAAAGCAAGGUGGUAAUUCUUUGUGUCAAACCUGAAGGAAAUAGAGAGGAAGGAAAAAAAUAACAAAACAACUAUGGGCAACGCUUUUGCCAUCACUCUUUAUAAGAACUACGACUACAUCAAACAAAGUCGCAGGCACAUCAGUUAUCAGCAUAUAUUGUUCAUAUUCAACAUAGUGUUGAAUUCUGUUCAAUGACAAUAAAGACAACUAGAUACUGAAGAGAGGAUUAGAUUAAGUAGGUUUUGUAAAACAGAAAAAUUUGUGUUACAUAUGCAAUACUAAUGUAAAAUAGCAAAGAAUUAUGGAUUUUCAUUUUAAAAUUACACUACUGGAAACACAGCUCACCUAUACCACUUUGAUAACUAAAACAUACCUGCUAUAGCAGUCUCCUAAGAAGGCACAACUUUCUCUGAAUGCUCUUAGAAGAUCGUCCUUCUCAUCUGAUUUAAGGAAAUGAGGAUCCAUUAUAGCUGCUCUGACCAGUAAGUGAGCCUCACUUAAAAGAUGGAUGCAGCUCUCAGUUUUAACAUUUUCGUAAGUUCUACUAUAAUCUACCUAGAACAGACACAGGAUAUACUUAGGCUGCUGACAAAAAUUAGGAAUAUACAGGAACAAUUCUAAUGAGGAUGGCAGCUAUUUGAAACAGGAUUAUGGGCUAUUCGUAAGAAAUGUAUUACACUAUAUUCAACAAUGAUGUGCAUCAGAGAUUAAUUAACAUUAGUUAUUUUUAGUUAGCAAACAACAAAAGCAAGAGUUGGGCAAUACCAUUUCUCUGUAAAGCUGAAUUGUUGAAACGGUGUUUAUAAUAUAUAAAUUCCAACCAG